UUCAAACAGAUAGAAUCAGUUGUUUUCAGUCGACGUCGGUUCCACGAACAGACCGAACAGCGGUUCCUCCUAACGGGAUACACGAAGAAGACUAUUUCUUCAGUCGUGUACUGGAACGAACGGAAUGAUGAAUCAAUUGUGUCGCCGUGGUUGGUUUUUAAUUUAUUAUUUGAAUGCAAAUUGAAGUAACGGUGUGGUAUGUCUGCACGCUUUUAACAGUUUUCGUACGACCGGGGUUGUCUCGUUGUGGACAAGUGUAACAGUUCUUCGGGUGGAAAUAUUUUUAAAUAUAACAAACAAAAGUUACAUUCGCCUGUUAUCUGCAACAGCAGGCGUUAUCAUCGAAGACCCCAGCAACCUCGAGACACAUACGAUCAUCAUCAUCAUCGAGAUCAUCAACAGCAGCAUCGUUGUCCCAGUGAUCGGCAGUUAUGGGUAGCAGGAUCGAUGCGAUGAAGUUGUGCAUAUUAUCCUGCUGGGUCUUUAGUUUGACCUGUGGGUUUGUCCUACUGAGUUCCGCGGAGGAGACGGAGGUUUUCCAUCCAGGAAAAGCGUGGAGUUAUGGAUACAGAUCGACUUUGGCUCUGGUAGAAAAAGGGGGCACAGAGGCCGUCGGAUUCAACGUUGAAGGACAUGUCACCAUCGAGUCGAAAUGGGCGAAAGACGAAGAGAGAUUGCUCAGAAUUAAGCUAGAAGAGCCGAAACUUCAUAGGAAAGGCGUGAUUUCCGCUCUCGAAUUCCUGACGAAUCAUCCGUUCUACGUGGUAUGGAAAAGCGGACAAAUAAACAAACUUUUGGUUUCGAAGGAAGAGCCUACUUCGCUUGUGAAUCUCAAAAAGGGGAUUGCCUCUUUGCUGCAGUUUCAAAUUUUGGAUAUGGAAACCAAAGAGGUGGACUCGUCGGGUAAUUGCGAAGUUAAAUACACAUCGGACGGCCCGAACAGAAUCGUAAAAAACAAAUGGUCUUGUCAAAACUCAGAUUUGGAAAGAUCGAAGAACCCGGAUCCUCUUCUCGGCGCCAACGUCGAUUCCAAAAGGGUGAUCAGCUACGAAUUCAGCGUGGACAGGAUCGAAAACGUCAUCGGCGAGGAGGAACACGAGAUGUCGCUGUCGGCUAGAGAACAAGUUGGAAAUAAGCUGAUAUCGAGACAGGAGUUGCAAUUCGAAAGGUUUGAAAUUGUUGAAACUGUCAACGCUAAAAAUUAUUUGGAGGCCUUCUACGAGCUGGAGUCGACCUCAUACGACGAGCACAGUCUUGUUUCGGAAUUGGAGCAUUUUGCUUACGAUGAUGGCAAAACUUUCGCGCAGAUUGUAGGGAAUCUGCGAAAUAAUUUGAUCACGAGUAAGAUGGGAAGUAUAACUUCGGCGAAGAGCUUCUUGAAGUUGGUGGAUAAAGCGCGUCACAGCAUUAGAGACGAUAUUUCCAAAGCAUUGACGUCCAAGAAGAAUAACAAAAUAAUGCAUCAAUUGGUGGACAUUUUGGGGUACGUGCAGACUUCGAAUUCGCACGAUGCGAUCAAUAAGUUGUUCCAUUACGACGAUGCCGCCCACGAGGAAUAUCUGGAGAGGUACUUAUGGGCUCUGCAGACGUCUUCGAAACCUAACCCUGAGAUUAUUCUGGAUUUAGUCAAUAAGUUUAAGAAGACACAAAAUAUUAAGGAAAAUGUUAAAGAAACUAUGGUUAUGGCUAUAGCUUCCAUGGCUCAUCAUUUGAUUAAGGUAGAGCCGACGAAAGAGAAUUUGAAAGUUCAUAGGGAUGUCGAAGAACUAAUCGUUAAUUACAUGGACGCAACCGGCGAUCUUUAUUAUUUGAGAGCGCUGAGAAAUCUGCGCUCUCCUACCACCGUUCAUGCUCUCCUCAAAAUAAUUUCAGAGGGAAAUUUGAAGCAGGAGAUUUUAGCAUGGAAAGCGCUAAAAGCUAUGGACGGCAAGGCUUUAACACCUGAUGUAUUCAGAGCUGCGGAGAAGACUUUCUACCAGUUGGACAAGGUGCACGAUUCUAGCGCUCGAACAUUGGCAUUGGACGUGAUCUUGGAGAGCGAGAUCGUCGGUGAUAAAUUGGAAGGCUUGGUGCAUUUCCUCAUCGGAAACGAUAAGGCCUUUGAGAUCAAACAGUACGCCAUCCAAAGAUUCAGAAUGCUGUCGGAAAGUUGCCCGGUGUUUAGAGGAAAAUUGAUGGAGAUCAUCUCCGGAAAUCCGAAACUGUUGAGCUACUCCACUUGGGGCCAGAAGGGCCUUAGUGUUGCCCUAGUGAGGCCCUUCCUCGUCGGCGGCUCAAGCAACGGAAGCCUUCUCACCGUGCAGGAGAUGAACACAGGGAUAGUCAAACGUGGAAGGGUCAACGUCGUCAUGGACAAGGAUUCCGUCAGCCAGGAGAUGUUCAGCUUGGGAGUCUUCAGCGGAGGAUUGAGUAGCUUCAUCUCUUCGGAUAGCGAGGAAACGGGCGACGAUGAACCUGCGACCGCCGGAAUGGAACUGUCGAUUCUCGGUAACCAGCUGAGACCGUUCACCUUCUUCAGUGGACAGGGAGAGCUUAUGGGACAUGUUUUCUCCGGGACGGCUUCGGAGCGCACCACAGCCUUCCAGGCUUUGGCUAUGCUUCAUGACCAAAAAGAAUUCAUCAGAUUGGGAUCCGGAUUCGUGGCGGAACUGGAAUUAGCAGGCGCCGCCUCCUUGGAUCUUGCCGGACAAAUACAAUUCUCGUUGUGGAACAAAAAUGCCGAAUCUCUGGUUGAAAAAUCAUCUGCUAUUUUGGUUGUCGGAACGAUGAGGGUAGACAACAGCUUGGUGCGUUCGGAAAUUGAAUUCGUCGUUUCUAUAGAGCCGAAGCUGAACCUGCAAACGGACAUCGACUUCUACAAUGACAUAAUGCUUUGCAUGCGAUUGACCCAACCGGAAACCAUCCUCAGGCACGGCGUCUACAAGAUUGAGCGUAUCCCCGGAAGCAAACAUCGCGUCCGCAAAUCCAGGACGGUUUCGCUUCACGUUUCUGGUCGCACUUACGCCCUCAACAGGAAGAACUCGGAGAUGUGUUCUAAACUUUUCAAGUGAUUCCCAUCUCUCAAUCUCUAUGUUUCUCUCUCUCAUCCUUUGCCAAAGAACGAUUUUGUUGUUAUUGUAAAUAAUAAACUUUGAAAUUUUGUACAU